CUACAACUAGAGAUAUCCACGACCAACGCUGACCCCCUUUAGCCUAGAGGUACUCGAACCAGGCUUUUCUCUCAUAGAUUCGAGGCUCUGCCUGGAAAAACAAUUACAAGAACCGCAACCAUGUCGAGACCCGAAGACAUACUACCUCCAGACCUCUUCUACAAUGAUAGCGAAUCCCGGAAAUACACCACGUCUUCCCGUAUUCAAAAGAUCCAAUCCUCAAUGACCCACCGCGCGCUCUCCCUCCUCUCUCUCACAUCCCCCGGCCUUAUCCUCGACGUCGGCUGCGGCUCUGGCCUUUCGGGCGAAAUACUCUCAAAUUCCGCCUCUGAAGGCACGCCAGGCGGCCCACACAUAUGGAUUGGCUUCGACAUCAGCGCGUCAAUGCUAGGCGUCGCGCUCGAGAAAGAAGUUGAAGGGGAUCUACUGCUCUCGGAUGCGGGACAAGGUGUACCGUUUCGGCCAGGAACGUUCGAUGCGGCCAUCAGUAUUAGUGCGGUGCAGUGGCUUUGUAAUGCUGAGACGAGUGAGGAAUCUCCCGCCGGAAGACUAUCGAGAUUCUUCAAUCAGCUAUAUGCGAGUUUGAAGAGAGGUGGCAGGGCGGUGUGCCAAUUCUACCCAAAGAACGAUGAGCAGAAGAAGAUGAUCAGCCAGGCGGCGAUCAAAGCCGGCUUUGGUGCGGGUUUGCUGGAAGACGAUCCCGGGACAAAGAGUGCGAAAACGUAUCUCGUUCUUACAGUUGGUGGAGGUGAGUUGGAUGGCGAUAUCACGGGUGUCGUAAGGGGCAUGGAUGGGGUGGAUGUUAUGGAUGCACGACGAAAGGCGAAAGGUAUGAAGAGGGGUGAGGACAAGAAGGGCAGCAAGGCAUGGAUCAUGAAGAAGAAAGAUCAGAUGGAGAAACAAGGCAAGGUGGUAAAGGCCUCGUCAAAGUACACUGGCAGGAAACGAAGGAUCCAAUUUUAGACAUACCCACGACAUUACGAUGUUAUGCAUAGCGAGGCGUUUUGCGGGUCAGGGCAAUUUCGAGAGAGUAUAAGAAUGUCAAUUCAAUCAUGCAGCAUGCUAUAUACCACCUACAUGUACAACCCUAUUCACGUCAUCUGCCUUAGUGUACAAGUCCAAAGCGUCCAAUCGUCAAGGAAAUAGAUGCAAGUCAGGGCUAAACCAGUUGAACCGCUGCCUAGAUCUGGCGAUUAUCAUCGCGCAGUAGAGCUUGGCAAAUGAGGAUGAUGGUGAUCGACUUUAUGCCUUCUCCAUUUGGUUCAGGAUGGCACGGGUGAACUCGUGAGUGGUGGAGUUGCCUCCCAUAUCACGUGUGCGGGUUUUG